AUGUGUGGUGUUUUGUUACCAUUUUUCCAGGACAUGCUGCAGUCGGAGGAGCAUUUUGCGAACUACUGCGGCUAUGCCCUAGCUCUGGGCCGGCACAAGAUCUUCGAUCGCCUGCCCGAGAUCAAAGCGCCGGCCUUGGUGGUCACAGGCACCCCGGACUUCAUCACGCCGGCGCGGUGCAGCUACGACCUGGCCCACCAGCUUGGGGGCCACGCCACGCUGGUGGAUGAUGUGAGCGGCUCGCAUUACUACAUCUUCGAGGAGCCUCUGAAGCUGGCUCAGGAGAUGAGCCGCUUCGCGGAGACGCACUGCCCGCGCCUGUGCCCCUGA